ACUGGGCCCUCCGAGAAGUUGGAGAGGAGCACUAAACAUGUACAGGCUACUUUCCGCAGUAUACGAAUGGCGCGCUCAUUCGUCGGCCAUUCUGCCUCUCGCCUUCUUCCAGGCCGUCGCGCAAGGCCUGAGCAGCUUGCCAAGCAUAUAUCUCUUCCGUGCCAUUCGCUGUGAAGAGUAUCGCGCAACGACCCCACCCCACAUGUUCGAGGACGACAUUUGUCGGUCGCCCAUUGUGCAGAAGGCGUACUCCAAAGAUAUCAUUAUCUACACUACCGUCUCUGCUGUGCUCAGCGUCGUGCUGGCUGGGCCGUACGGCAGAGUGUCGGAUAUCCGCGGCAGGAAGCGGGCGCUGACAAUCUCGGCCACACUCAACGCACUCGGGAAUGUUUGGCUUGUGCUAUGCUCAUUCUUCGCUACGCUGCGCAGUCCCUGGCUCGUGCAGCUUGCAGCGGUUCUACAAGGCCUUGGUGGCGGCUUCUCUAUUAUCACGGCCAUCCAGAACGCUGCCAUCACCGACACGUCCGCCCCGAGCGAGCU